AUGUACUCCUUCAAAGCCGUCUUCGCUGUCGUCGCUUCUAUUGCUCUGGUUUCUGGUGCUCAUGGUGGAUUGCUGGGAUUAGGAGGAGACGAAGGAGGACUCGGUGGACUUGUCGGAGGACUUCUUGGAGAAAAUGGACUCGGUGGAAUCUUGAAGGGACUUCUCGGAGACAAUGAAAACGCUCUCAGUGGACUUCUGGGUAUUCUCGGGGGAAAUCCAGGUGGUUUGGGAUUGCCAAUUCUUGGAGACAUCACCACACUCCCACAGUUCUUGCUUGACUUCCUCCAAAAAGUACCAUCGGAUAUUCUUCCUCAAGUUAUUGAACUUCUCUCCAACACAAGCCUUAAUAUCAAUGAAAUCACUGAUAAGCUGACUGAUUUGUUGUCUGGAAAGAUUGAUGAUAACCUUCUUUCCGAUCUUCUUGCCACCGUUGCCGAUCUUGUUCAUGAACUUCUCGAUGGAAUCGCCAAUGUUCUUACCAGUCUUGGAAAAGUUUUCGAGGACUUGACUGAUAUUCUCCAGAAUAAAGACCAAUCCAUUGCUCAACAGAAGGAUGCUAUUGACAAAUUGAGACAGAAGUCUCCAAUUGAAGUCGACACUAUCUUCUUCAUCGCGUCACAAGUGGUCAAGUCUCUCCAAAACGGGCAGAUCUCAAAAUGUUUACCGAACGGGUUCAAAGACAUUUCCUUGGAACUUUUAAAUGGAUAUGUCGAAAUCUUCGGGACCGAACUGAUACCAAAUCAGAAAUAUGUUUUUCCAGCCAAGUUCCGCGCAGCAGUUUUCUCAUGGACUGGUGGCACUAUCGAAAUAAAAGGAGGUACAGAAAGUGCCUAUAUAUCAUCUGAGAGUACUGCAAUGGUCGUCUACCUGAACAUCCAUGCAACUCUAGAAAAACUACGGAAAGAUCGAGAGGCAAGCGGCAAAGACACUGGAGUCACCCAGAGAGGGCCAAGAAUUCUGUUAGUGGGACCAACAGAUGUUGGUAAAACUACAGUAUCUCGAAUCCUGUGUAACUAUGCAGUUCGAAAAGGAGGAACUCCCAUUUUGGUGGAUCUUGAUGUUGGACAGAACAAUAUAUCGGUUCCCGGAUCCAUUAGCGCUAUGUUGGUACAAAAAACCGCAGAUUUUGUUGAUGGGUUUGAGAGGAACAUGCCUUUGGUUUUAAAUUUCGGACACACAUCUCCAGGAGAGAAUCUUCCACUUUACGAAGCCCUCCUCAAGGCGCUUGCCACCACGAUGAAUGGUCAGAUAGAAGAGAAUCCAGCAGCUAAACUAGGUGGAAUGAUAGUUAACACUUGUGGAUGGGUUGAUGGAGGCGGCUACACAUGUAUUCUGAAAUCAGCAGCCGCAUUUGAAGUGGAUGUAGUCGUGGUAAUAGAUCACGAACGACUAUACAACGUUCUCAGAAGAGAUCUCCCGGAUUUUGUGACAGUGACACAUGUGCCAAAGUCAGGAGGAGUGGAGCAGAGACCAAGACGCAUCAGGAAAAUUGCGAGGAAAGAAAAUGUACAUCGAUACUUCUACGGGACCAGCUCCAACCAAUUGUACCCAUUCACCUUGGAUCUUUCAUUCGAUGCUGUAGUUCUUUGCAAAAUUGGAGUAGAGCCGCUUCCUGAUUCUUGUCUCUCAUUCGGUAUGAAAGUGGAGGAUCACCGAACAAAAGUGGUCGUUCUAGAACCAUCUCUGGAGAUCAAAAAUCAUCUUUUCGCCUUUUCGCGCAGUUCAAAUGUCGAUGCAAAUGUUUUAGCAUCUUCGGUUUGGGGAUUUUGUGUUGUCACAGAGAUCGAUAUGGAGAAAAGAUCCCUGACGAUUCUAUGCCCUCAGAACUCGAUUCCAUCAAAUAUCCUGGUUUAUUCGGUUGUGACUCAUUUGGAUGAUCAGCUAAGAAGAUAA